GGAAAGGCUGCCUGCAGGAUCUCUAGCCUAGCUCUCCGAAGCAACCGCAGCAGAAGCCAGCAACUCAACCCGCAGCACUCCAGCCAUGGAAUCCCACACCAAUUGUAGGUGCCCCUACUGCACUGACUUUAACAACUUGGAAGGGCAAGUGAAGGAGGAAUCAUCUCAGGAUUCACAGACUAGCUUGAGCUCCACUAUUUUGGCAGGGGCCGACUACGGGGGAAAUACAGAAUUAGAUACAACUGACUACUCCAACUCUGGAGCUGGCAAGGAGGAAGACUUGCAGAUAAUGAGUCAGUGCCUGGAUUCUCAGAUCACCUUGGCCUCGACAUUUCUCGAAGGGACAAACGACCAGAAAAGUGCGGGAUUGGAAUCCUCUAGUGAAAAAUCAGAUGUCCCUGUUGCAGAAGCAACGCGAGCCUGGGAUGAGGUCGAAAACCUUGGGCGUGGAGACAGCUUUCCGGAGCCCAACAUUCAGCCGGAGCAGAAGGCGGCUGCCCCCGUGGCGCUGGCCCCGAUGCCACCCCUGCCGCCCAUCCCUCUGCUGGCCCCGCUGCAGCCCCGGCCGCAGCCCCCGCUGCAGCCCAGGCCCCAGCCCCCGCUGCAGCCCAGGCCCCAGCCCCCGCUGCAGCCCCAGCCGCUGCCCCCGCUGCAGCCCCGGCCGCUGCCCCCGCUGCAGCCCCGGCCGCUGCCCCCUCUGCAGCCCCGGCCGCUGCCCCCGCUGCAGCCCCGGCCGCUGCCCCCGCUGCAGCCCCGGCCGCUGCCCCCGCUGCAGCCCCGGCCGCAACCCCCGCUGCAGCCGCCGCCGCAGCCGCCGCCGCAGCCGCCGCCGCAGCCGCCGCCGCAGCCGCCGCCGCAGGCCCCACUGCAGCCCCCACUGCAGCCACUGCCUCAACCGAAGCGCCGCCGCUACCGCAUCUCCUUCACUCCGCUUCAACUGCGAGAGCUGGAGGCCUAUUUCCAGCGCGCCCAGUACCCCGACAUGUUUGCUCGAAUGAAUCUUGCCCAACGUCUGGGUUUGCCUGAAUCCAGAGUGCAGAUUUGGUUUCAGAACAGAAGAGCCAAGUGGAGACAACUUCAUCGGGCGUAUAUAUACAGAAACAUGAUUCCAGUGGCCAUGAGUCCCCCUGUGGGCGUAUACGUGGAUGGCAAUUACGGUCCCAUCCCUAUUGUGGAGGUUAUUUGGAAAUAUCACCCUGUGCUGCCGCUGCCAAUGGAUCCCAACAUUCUGCCUCUUCCACCCCAGCCCCCUCCACUAUUCAGGGUGCCUGUACCACCUAGGCCACCCCCUCCACCUCCAUUUCCCUGGCCACCUAUGCAACCUAAUGGUCAAAUUCCAAAUGUAGCUAUGGGAUGCAACUGUGCCCGCAAUGGCUACUUUGCAGGUCACUAAAGUGUACAUCAGUUUUCCCAAAGUGUUUUCCAAUAAGAUUUAUACUGUUCAUAGACAUUGUUAAGAGUUACUUACCAGGGCUGGAAAGAUGGCUCAGAGGUUAAGAGCACUGACUGCUCUUCCAGAGGGCCUGAGUUCGAUUCCCAGCA